AUGAUAAGACCUGGAAAAAAAUACCUGCCUUCAACAACAGAUAUUGCUGCAGCAACUCAGACUCAGUGGGGCGUCCAGUCAGGAUGGGGCACUCAGGACGAUAAUACUUGGGGAGUUAGGCAUGAUGAUAAUCCGUCUAAUGAUGAUCUGUGGGGAACUCAAUCGAAUGAUCUGUGGGGCACUCAGUCGAACAAUCCGUGGGGCACUCAGUCAGAUGAUCCGGCACCAUCGUCCAUUGUUCAAUCGCAGCCCGACCUCUCCCAUUUUCCGCUCCCCCCAAAAAAUAGCAGUCAGAAGUGUGGUGAAGAUUUCAAGGUGUUCUUUGCCCGCUGGGCCAUGCGGAACAAGGAGAAGGAGAUGAAGGAAUCACCCUCUCAACGGCAGGCAUGUCUAGGUCAUGAGUGUUCGGCAAUAAAUCAUCACAUGCCUGGGAGGUCUAGCACAAUUCAGGUGUUCAAAUGGCGACCCCAUGAUGAUGACGAGGAUGAGGAUGGAUUCCUGUUGCGCCACCCCAUCACAAAGGCUUGCGUAGAGGAAAUCUGGGGAAACUACAACAAGGAAACUAGAAUCUUUGAUCCCUUUUCUAACCAGUGGGACUUAUGUCGCGCCCUCAACCCAACUAGCAUCCCUGACGGUGAUGAUCGGGAAGAUAACAAUGACAUCAUGCCUCCACUUCCUAUAGUCGCUCCCCCUGUACUUCCACCUCCUACUCCUUCCAGUUUCUUGCAGGACAUAUACAAAUACUUCGGCAAUGAGGUUUCGCUUGCAUCGAGACACGCGAGUAUUGAAGGACUCAUCCCUAUCUUACAUUACCAUUUUGGAUAUUGA